AUGUUUGAAGGAAUUGCUUCGAGCAUUAUUGUUAAACUCCUCGGAGAUUAUAUUGAAAAUUUAGAUAGUAAAUCUCUUAAAAUUGCUGUAUGGAGCGGAAGUGUUAAUCUAACCAAUCUAACGUUGAAAGCUUCGGCUUUGGAUACAUUUGAUUUACCAAUUUCUGUCGUACAAGGAUGUGUUGGUAGUAUUGAUGCAUCGAUUCCUUGGCAAUCCCUUUCUAGCAGUCCUGUGAUUGCCAAAGUGAGUGAUGUCUUUCUGGUUGUUCAACCAAAAAAGUGUGAUAAGUAUGAUGAACAAUCGGAGAAGGCUAGAGCAUUAUUGGCCAAACAAAGAAGUCUUCAAAACCAUGAAUUGUGGAAGGAACAACAAGAGGCUGUGGAUGACAUCAAACAAGAUAAAAAGACAGACGAUAAACAAGGGGAUACUUUUGUUUCUAGAAUGACCGAAACUAUAUUGAAUAAUCUUCAAGUGGAAAUUUCCAAUGUACACAUUCGUUAUGAGGAUGGUUCCAAUCCAAAGAAUCGUAUAGUUUUUGGUAUUACCAUGGAAAAACUGUCCUUGAAGAGUUGUAAUGAAAAUUGGGAGGAAGUUUUUAUCAAGACUGUCCAAGCAGCUUUCUACAAGAAAAUGUUACUUCAAAAUUUAUCGUUCUAUAUGAACAAUAAUGAAAUUGAACUCUUUUCAAAAUCUGGAAUGGAUACUAAGAAAUUCUCUCUCCAUAUGAAAAAGAUUAUCACUGAAAACAAGUUCUACAGAAGAUUUAUUGUAAGUCCAAUUAAUGGAGAAGCCAAACUUGUCAUGCAAAAGGAAGGAAAUAUCGAUAUGAGCAAACCUACAAUGGUGGCCAAUUUGGAAUUAGACAAUGUAAAUUUAUGCCUCGAUGACAGACAAUAUAAGAAUCUACUCUCAACUCUUGAAUAUAUGAGUAACUACUCACGAUUUGAAAGAUUUAGACAUUUGAGACCAAAGACAGAUUACAAAUCGGAAGAAAAGGGAUUAUGGUGGGAAUAUUUAAUCAAUUCUGCAAAGGAUAUUGUAGAGAAACAUCACUUUACUUGGCAACAAAUUGAGGAACGUAAAAAGCAAAGAAAGGAAUAUAUUGAACUCUUCAAGAGAAGUAAGGAAUAUCCAUGGCAAAAAAAGCUUUCUGAUUCGGAGAAAAAAACUCUCCAUUCACUGGAAGACAAGAUUGAUUUUGAGGAUAUUAUCUUUUACAGGGAGCUGGCCUAUGAAGAAUUAAAAAUUGAAAAGCAAAAGAAUAAGGCAUUCCUUACAAAGAACGAAAAAUCCUCUGGAUGGUUUGGUGGUUGGUGGGGAAGUAAACCCUCAACUGCUACUCAGGAAUCGUCUUCUGGAGAAGAAUCACCAACUGCUUUUGAAUUUACAGAAGAGCAACGUGAAGAGUUACACAAGACAAUUGGUUACAAUGCCAAGGAAAAGGCUCAAUCCAUAGAGCUACCAGCAGAUUAUGUAUCCUAUCAAAUUAAUUUUUACCUAAAGCAAGGAGAACUUAAACUUAGAAAUGCCAGAGUGAAGAGUAGUGAUCCAGAUUCAGCCAUUGUUAAAGGUGCCUUUAAUAACUUUAGAACCGAGGUUGGUGUUAGAGCUCAGGGAUCUGUCAUUGUACGAGUGACAUUGGAUGAUUUUGAAAUUACAGAUCAUUUCUCUGAUGUGACACAAUUCAAAAAGAUUCUCUCAAGAAGAAAGCAAGUUGGCCAUUUGGCAGAAAUUAUUGUGGAAAAUAAGCCUCUAGAUGGUGAAUCAGAUUUGAAGGUGCAAAUAUUGCUUCAACAAGUUGACAUUGCACUCAAUGUUCCUCUAGCUCAAAAAAUUCUCUCCUUCUUUAUCAUUCCAUCAAAUUUGGACUUUUCUGCACUUCAAAACCUUGCUAAAAAGCAAUUUGAAAGUUUACAACAACAAGCUCUCACACAAUUGAAGGUUGCUUUGGAAUCUAAAAUGUUAAUUGCUUUGGAUGUGUUAAUUUUGGCUCCAACAUUUAUUAUUCCUAUCGACUAUAAGGAUGAAAACUCUAAAAUAGUAUUACUCGACUUGGGUAAAUUGAAAUUCAAGAGUGAUAUUGAUAAGAAAGAAAGAGAAAGGAGAAUUAAGAAUGAAACUGUAGAAGAAAAAGAUUUUUAUGAUAGAUUCGACCUUGAACUUUCAAAUAUCCAAGCAGUCAUUACAGAUGUUCCAAGCUAUAACAAACAAACAACGACAAAUUCAUUCCAACUUAUCGAAAAGGUUAAUAUAUUUACCAAGUUGGGUAUUCUCAUUACAAACGAUACCAACUAUGCUGGAACUAAAAUUGAAGGAACCAUUCCUUCUAUUAAGGUUAACCUUUCUCCUCUAGCUAUGAAUACCAUUGUUAAUGUAGCCAACAACUUCCUUGUUCUAGUGGAUAAUCCAACUGGUAACAGUAAGGAAGAUGUUGAAAUCAAGGGUGCACUCAAGAUCAAAUCAGACCUUUUGACAAAUGGUGAAUUUAAACCAUAUUGGACUGAAGUGACAGAAAAUGGUAAAAUCAUGCUCUACACCACAGAAAAUGAUAUGAAACCUUCAGGAUGUAUUUAUAUCGAUGAUAGAUCCAUUGAAUAUCAAUUAUCUGACAAAAAUCCAGAUUUAACAGAGAACCAACUGGCUAUUGUAAUUCCUCAAGAGUCUGGUCCUACAACUGUAAUCUUUGAAGCCGAAAGCAAAACUUUACUUGACAAGUGGUUUACCUUAAUGUCCACCAAGAAUGUUAACAAAAAGCUUAGUUUCGAAUUGAGCAAUAAUGAAAAGUCUCAUAAUGAAGAGGAAAAACAAAAGAAUGUCAAAUUGAAACUCAACUUUAAUUUGGGAGAAUUCUGUGCCUCCCUUAUUUAUAACAAGAAGGUUGGAGAGAAUGAAUUCACUGAAAUGCCACUAACAGAUAUCAAACUUCAAGAUUUUGGUGUUGAUAUGGCAAUAAGACACUAUGAUACCAUUAUGAAUUUUAGUUUAAAGACAUUUACAAUUAGUGACAAGACCACAACAGCCACUGAUAAGUACAUUUUAACAUCAGAUUUGCAAUCAGAUAAGAAACUUGCUGAUCUUACUCUUAUCCAAGUAUCAGAUCCUCUCUCUGAACAUUACAAGAGAAAUGCCGAUUUAUUGUUGGAGUUUGUUUUCCACAAGAUGUUAUUCAACUUUGAUCCUAUGUCCUUAACUACCUUUUUAAUGUAUAUUUAUGAUGUUUUGGAUUUGACUCAAAAGAUCGAAGCAAGAGUUCCAACCAUCACACCAACCGAAAUGAACAAGAAAUUUGAAAAACGAGACAAAAACAGAAAUAGUAUGGAUUUGCAUGCUAAUUUGUCUGAGGUAAGCCUUGCAUUGGUUCAGGAAGACUUUUCCAGCUUUGCCACUGCUACAGUUGCAGAUGCUGAUGUUUCAUUCUCUAUGAAUGAUUUGGGAUUAUGUGUAAAGGGUACAGUUGGUAACUUGCUUGGAAUUGAUGACUCUAAUGAUGGUACUAUCUAUAGAGAAAUUGUUGGUCUCUCCACAACUGAUCAAAAGUCUCUCAUUACUUUUAGCUAUAUCCAAAAUAAUGAAAGACCUGAAAAUGUUGCCCCAACUCAACCUUAUUAUAACAAGUUCUUGAAACUUGUUUUGGAAUCUGUCAAGAUUGUCUACUUGAAUCGUGUUAUUGUCAAGCUUCAACAUUUUAUGCAGAAUGGUCCUCUUUGGGAUGCCCUGGCUGCUGGAGGUAAAAAAGUUUCUGAAUACUCUAAAGACUCAGUCUUGAAACAAUAUGAAAGUUUGGAACUUUUUAGUUUGGAUGUUAAAUUGGUUAAUCCUCUCGUAAUUGCUCCAAUGGCUUACAAUAAUCCAGAUGUUAUUGUUGGUAACUUGGGUGAAAUUACUGUUAGAAACUCACUUACUCAGAGAGAAGACUGUUGGAUUGAGCUCUACGCCAUAUCCUUCACUCAAAUGAAUUUGCACACUAUUACCAGUGUUAACAAUAAGCAAUUUGUUGGUGGUAUGGAUUGGUUGUUGGAUGUUGAAAGACCAGUCGUAAACCCUCUGCACAAGGUUCCAGGAGUAUUCGUAAAUAUUGCUGUUUCUGAUGUUGCUAUGAAUCUAACUCAUGAACAAUACCAAAUGAUUUUCAAAGUAGUGGAUGGUAAUGUGAAUGAUAACGCUGGAUUUUCUUCGUCAAAUGAAGCUCUUACCAAUGAGACUAAGAAGACUGAAGAUAAGGUUCUCUCUGAAUCUGAUGCCAAAAUUACAGAUCUCAUUGUCAAGGUUAAAUUCUCCAAUCUUAAUUUGACAGUUUUAAGAACAGCCGAUGAUCCAUUGGCCAGAUUGAAUAUGUACGAUCUCAAUGUUGAUGUGAAUACAAAGAGAAAUGGAUUGUCUGUAACAAAAGUUUCAAUUCAUGCAACAGAUGCCCAUGAUUUGAGAAAGCAAUCCGAUAGUUACUUCAAGACUUUUGUCGACACUAGAGAGGAGGAAAAUUCUCAACACUUUAUCAAUGUAGACAUUUAUAACGAUCCUGAAAAGUCUCUGGUAAAAGUAGAUGUCAAGAUGGGCAAUCCAAGAAUUAUUUUCGUUCCAGAUAUUGUAUUCGAAAUCCAAGACUUCUUUGUGACCAUGAGACCAGAAAAGGGUCCAAAAGGAAAAAUUCUUACCUAUGAAACAAUGCCAUCAGGUGACAUUCAUAUUAAUUCUGACUUGACUUUGGGUCUGGAUUUGUCACUUUCUCCAGUAAGAAGAUUAGUUGUACACAAGACUGAAUCUGGUGUUGUCGAAGUGGAUGAAGGUAUGAUUUUAAAGCUUGUCAAUGUAAAGAUUAAGAAGCAGUCAGACAAGACCUUGGAAGAUUAUGCAGAGCUUGGUGAAAAAGCCAAAAUUUCUACUAAUAAUAGUGUUGUUUUUGUUGGUGAUACGGAUAUUGAAAAAGAAGAUAAGGCUACCAUUGUAGUUGUAUCAAUUGACAAUCCUAACGUAAUGUUCCCAGUUAAGCCAAGCGAUCCUAACAGUAGAUUGAUGGUUCUGAGAUCUAAACUCAAAUUCAAGAUGGAAACAAGCGCUAACAAACAAAGCAUUGUUGUAAUGAUUUCUGAAAUGACAAUGUUUGUUGACAGCUUCAAUUCAACAAUUAUUUCAAAGAAUAACAUUCUCGAACCUCUCUCUCUUGAUUUUGAAUACUUGUCAAGUACUGAGCCACAAGCUGUGCACAAUGAUAUCAAGGCAAGAAUUGAUGGCAAUGUGAGGUCUAGAAUCUCCUAUCAAGAUGUCAAGAUGAUAACCGAAGUGGUAAAUCAUUUUACUGAUGCAAUGAGCAAAUCGAAGAAGGAAGAAGUUCCUAUUGCCUUUGAAGAUGUUGAAUUAUCUGAUGAUUCUGGAUCAGAAUCUGAAGAAGAAGAAUUUUCAGAAGCUAAGGAUGAAACUGAACAUAUUGAUGGUCAAUUCGUACUUAAUGACUAUGUAGAGUCAAGAAAUAACCUAGCCGUGAUACCAACUGUUGAAGAGAAAACUAACAACAAGACUACAAACUUUUUAUUCAACUUUGACAUGACACCAGAUCAAUCUGUAUCCAUCCUAGUGGUAGACGAUGUAAGAGGUUAUGAUAUACCAUUAAUUACUUUUACUAUGAGAAAAGUUCACUUGAUUGAAACUAAAAUGACUCAAUUGGGCGACACUUCCUCUAUUAAGGCCAAGUUGAUUGGUUACAUUCAAGCUGAUUAUUAUAACUUGAAGAUUGCCUCUUGGGAACCAAUUCUUGAACCUUAUGGUAUUGAAUUCCUCUUUAGAAGAAAGCCAAAUACAAAAUCAGCAACUCCAAAUGUAGACAGAUUUGAAAUUAGAGAUUUGGAUAUUCCAAAAUACAAGCAAAUGUAUCAUCCUGAAGAGUUUGAUGGUUUAUUGUUGAAUGUUACCCAAUCAAUGAUUACUACCGUUUCUUCUACAGCCAAGUUGUGGAAAGAUGAAUUUUAUACAGAAACAAAGGUAUCAAAGAAGUUUGAUCCAUACUGUAUUAGAAAUCAUACAGGUCAUAUUAUCAAAUUAAUUUUCCCAUACAAUACUCAACUCCAAAAAGCAGACAUGUACGAGAUUGGAACUGGUCAAGAAAUGAACUUUUCUCUACCAGAAGAUAAAACCAAAACUGCUCAUCAUGCCAUAACAAUUGAUGUUCCUGGAUUUAACAAAUUACAAGUUGAAUUGAAACAAACUGGUAAACUCCAUAUCAAGAAUAAUAAGAAUGAAUUUUGUAUGGUUGAUAAUGAUUUGAAAGAAGGUAGAAAGAUUAUAACUAUCAGUUCUGGUAUUCAAAUUAGAAACUUGUGUACUAUGGAUUGGGAAAUUGGUUCUCUCAACAUCUCCUCCAAGAUGAUUACCAGCUUUGGUAUUGUUAAUCCAAAGGAAUAUAUUGGUAUUCCACUGACAUCUGUAUCAGAAGGAAUUCUUUGUAUGAGACCUUGUAUUGGAGAGGGCUAUCAAUGGAGUUUACCAUCUGGUGGUCUCAAAUUUACAGAAUUACUCAAACUCUACAAGGGUAGUAAGAAUGUCACUAUUACAAAUCAAAAGGGCCCUAACAUGUUUGCUGUUGUGAGAACCAACUUUGCCCUCGAUGCAGACUAUCAACAAUUCAGAGAAAAGUAUGCCGAAAAUCCACUCUUGUAUCAAAGAUUCUACUGUACUCUUGAUAUCAAACCACCUUUGGCAAUUGAUAAUACUCUUGGAAAGACUGUCGAUUUCACAAUUAUUGCUCAAUCACCUCAAUCAAAUGAAAGAACAGUUGUACAGGAAGGUACCAUGUUGAAGGGUGAAAAAUUAUUUGUCUACUCUACAGAAAUGAAUAACAACAUACUCAUAAGAGUAAAGGUUGAAAAGGAAUGGGUGACUAAAGAAUUGGGACUUAUCCAUUUGGCAAAGAGAGACGGCACAAUGACACAACAAUCAACACAUAUCAAUAUUGAAAAUUCAACAGGAAAUUAUUCACGUAUUUACAUUGACUAUUCUGAAGUGAAUACAUCUGCCUACCGUGAAAUUAUUCUAUUCUCUCCAUUCUGGAUUGUUAAUCACACUGGAGAGAAUGUAGGAGUUAGAAAUUCUUCCACAAGUAACAAGCCAUUCAUUGUUCCAACUGGUGAAACUUUAAUGUAUGCAGAGACUUAUGAUCGUGAAAAGAUUAGCAUUACAUGCAACGAUUCUGCACCAAGUCCAGCCUUCUCAUUAGCUUCAACCUCUUCAGCUAGUAUGAUGGGAGAAGGACAAAUGAGUGAUUAUACAGAGGAAGAGGAGGAAGAUUUCAAUUUAUUCAUGCUUGCUGAAAUUAACCAAAUUGGUGUGUCAUUUAUUGAUAACUCUCCAAGUGAAGUUGCCUACUUGUUGUUAGGUGGAUUGACGAUGAGAUAUGCCACAACAGACAAACAUCAAUUUAUUGAAUGUGUGCUGUACAAACUUCAAUUAGAUCACCAAGAUUAUGAGGCUACCUAUCCUGUUAUUUUAUGUAAUGUUAAUGAGGCAGGACAAGAAUUUAUUCACUUUAGUUUGUGUAGAUCUGUUGAAAACAAUACCAAUGUAAAUACCUUCCCAUACAUGUCAUUAAUGAUGAGAGAAGCUCGUUGUGAAAUUGACUACCUCUUUAUUUCCAAGUUUGUGAAAUUGAUAGGUAUCUUGUCAACAGACCAAGAUCAAAACAAUGAAGCUGAUGCUCAAAUUGCUGAAAGAAUGACCAAACCUGUUGAAAUUCCAAAGUCUGAAGCUGAUGCUGAAAAGUUCUACUUUGAAAAUCUCGAAUUGCACCCUGUAAAGAUCCAUUUGACAUUCAAACUCAAUCAAGCAGAAGAUGAUAGUAAUCCACUUUUGAUCUUGUUUAAAUCUGUUGGUGUCACUCUUACAAGAAUUGAUAAUGCUCCAAUGAGAUUUAACUCACUCAUUCUUAGCCAUCCGUUCAUGACACUCAAUGCACUUAUUGAUAAGGUUAAGAAACACUAUAUUCGUCAAGCCACAGUCCAAUUCUACAAGAUUUUGGGUUCUUUGGAUAUUAUUGGUAAUCCAGUUGGAUUGUUCAGUGAUAUUGGUACUGGUGUCGUUGACUUUUUCUAUGAACCUGCCUCUGCCAUCACAAAGAGUCCUGAAGAAUUUGCCAGUGGUUUAGCAAAGGGUUCUAUGAGUUUAUUGAAGAAUUCAGUCCAUGGUAUUGGUAAUUUUACUUCAAAACUUACAGGAAAUGUUGGUAAUGGUAUUGCCUUUUUGACAUUUGAUAAGGAAUACAAUCAACAACGUGACAGACAAGCCAAUCAAAAACCAAAAGAUAUUAAGGAAGGUUUGGCAUCUGGAGCCAAGUCUUUAUUCCGUGGUAUUUAUGGAGGUGCUACUGGUAUUGUUAUGCAACCUGUAAAGGGUGCUCAAGAAGAAGGUGCUGUUGGUUUUAUUAAGGGUGUUGGCAAAGGUAUUAUUGGUAUUCCUCUCAAGCCAGUUGGUGGUAUUAUUGAUAUGGCAACAAGAACUGUUGAAGGUAUCAGUAACAGUAGUACUACACUCUUCACUCGUGUCAGGUAUCCUAGAACUCUGGCUGACAAUGGUGCUGUUUUAAGAUAUUCAUUAACAGAUGCUUAUGCCAAGUAUCUUACUGUCUCUAUUGAUGAUGGUGCCUAUGCAAAGACCAACAAAGCUGUCUAUUACAUGCCAGAUUCAACAAAGGCUGCUGUUUACUUGAUUACUGACAAGUUUAUUUUGAAGGUGGACCCAGUUGAAAAGAAGGUAAAAUGGAGAAUGCAACUUUCCAAGAUUAUGAAGGUUGAAUUGGUUUCAGAACCUACCGAUGCCAUUAAAGUGGUAAGCAAUGAAAGAGAAAAAUCAAUUUUUGGAACUUCAGGAGCAAACAUUACGAGAUUAUUAGAUUCAUUUGAUAAGGAAUAUUUACACAGAUUUAAGAACAAGCUUAAUAUUGAGUUAUCGAGAGUUUUCAAAGAACAGCAAGAGUUUGACGUUGUAGAUUAUUAA